AUGGACGAUCUCCCGGAUGAACUCAUCGCACUUAUCUGCCGCUUCUGUACCACGCCGGAGAUCAAGGCCCUUCGCUUGGCAGGGUCGCGUAAGAUUCAGAGAGUGGCCGACGAGCACCUGUUCUCCGAGGUAAUCGUGUUCAUGAACCGCGAAAGCCUACGAGCUUGUACAGGACUUGCCGCUCACCGUGUCUUCUCGAAAACCGUGCAAAACCUCUGGAUUCAAGGUGACCGUCCAAACAAGACGACGUACAAAGAGUGGAGCAAAAGGCUAAAAUUCUACUUGGAUCCUGCAACUCAGGAUCGCUUACGAGAGUCAGCGGACCGUAUCACCAAAACGCACCGUCACUUGCCUGCGAAAGAGAGCAUCGAUGCGAUAAGUGCCGCCGCUAAGGAGAUAGAAAGUGAAGCCGAGCGAGCAAUAGCGGCUCUCACUCACGAGCAGCUCCAGGGCCGCUACGCACACGCAGUUCGGCUUGCUGAGGAAGCGGUUACUAUUCACGACGAUGGGUCCCUGAUUCAGUGCUUCCGGAACGUCCUGACGCAGUGUCCGAACGUAAACUCCGUGGACCUCACUUUGGCCCACCACAUACGGGUUUCCACUGCUGGGAAGAAUAUCGAAUUUCAGAAGGGCAUGUUGCAGCCGUUCGGCGAUAUCACUGAGUACGACUCUGGAGUGUACGUGUUUGGGGACUUGGUGCUCGCCGCAUACGACGUUGGCUUCAAGCCCCGAGUGUUGAACCUUGGGUGCGUGUCGCACUUUGUGUUCACGCGAGAAGAUUUGGCUGGAUAUGACAAGAAGCUGCGUGACUUUUUUGAGAAUCUCGAAGAGCUCACGUGGGAGUUCUCGGUGCCUGUGGUUGGUGACAACUAUACCUUGGACCUCGAGGCAUUCGAGGACGUUCUAGCGGACAUCCAUGAAUCCGAUAAUCUGACUUCGUUACUGAGUGCCGCCUCCGGCUUGAGAUGGCUCCGCCUUGACCUACCGGAACACACCGACCAUCCCGACGCGCUCCUGCUCUCGAGUGUCCUGGGUGGAGCAUACCUGAAUGAAGGCAUCUGGCUCGAUUGCUUCAAGGCCAUUGCCGGCAAGUUGCCGCACGUCCAAAAGGUUGAGUUGCGAGGAAAGUUCGACUCGGCCGACGGCGAAGACGAUGAUGGGUACUUUUGGUUUGGGGACCUCGAUCGCGCGACAAAUACCAGCCACGGCAAGGUGGUUGCUGAGUAUCUCAAAGCCGGAGGUGAAAGGACCCCGCCUUUACCUUUCCGACCAUACGCUCGAGAUGAGUAUGUUUGGGGAGAGGGAGAGGACGAUGAAGAUGACUGGGAAGAUGAUGACGACGAGGACGAAGACGAAGACGAGGACGAAGACGAGGACGAAGACGAGGAGAUUGCGAAUUAA